AACCAACUAUGCCCACAAAAUAGGAACCCCAGCAGAGAGCAGCCAACGCUCCUGGCGGUUAUUUCCACACUUUGGUUUUUUUCUCUUUUCUUGUUUCCUCCGCCCCUUUUCCUCCUUCUUCCCCUUUUAUGUCCUUCAAUUAUAUAAACACAUUCAUCUGUUUGUUUACUCACAUUAUACACAACGAGCCAUCUCUCUAUUUUCUCUAAUUCAUCAUCAUGGCUAUGUCUUUCUCUGCAACGAAAGUUUUGCAACCUUUGCCCCUUAAUUCCACUAGAUCUGCUGAUAAGCCCCUUUUGGGUCUUAAGGGAAGCUGUUCUUUUCUUGGAUCAUCGAUUUCUCUUAAGAAGGAUUUGUUGCCUCCUCAAUCCCAACGAAGAUCCAAUGCAAUUGUUGCUGUUUCUGAUGUUGUUAAGGAAAAGAAAUCCAAGUCUACGUCCAAUAUCUCCAAUUUGUUGAUUACUAAGGAGGAAGGAUUGAUACUGUACGAGGACAUGGUGUUGGGAAGAGCUUUUGAGGACAUGUGCGCCCAAAUGUAUUACAGGGGCAAAAUGUUUGGUUUUGUGCAUUUGUACAACGGGCAAGAAGCUGUCUCAACUGGUUUCAUUAAGCUUUUGAAGAAGGAAGACUCUGUAGUUAGCACUUAUCGUGAUCAUGUCCAUGCAUUGAGCAAAGGUGUUCCAGCUCGUCAAGUGAUGAGUGAGCUAUUUGGGAAGACUACGGGGUGUUGUAGAGGCCAGGGUGGAUCGAUGCACAUGUUCUCCAAAGAGCACAACGUUCUUGGUGGUUUCGCUUUUAUUGGUGAGGGAAUCCCAAUAGCUACAGGUGCUGCAUUUAGUAGCAAGUACAGAAGAGAGGUCUUGAAGGAGGCUGAUUGUGAUCAUGUCACAGUGGCCUUCUUUGGUGAUGGAACUUGCAACAAUGGCCAAUUCUACGAGUGCUUGAACAUGGCCGCAUUGUGGAAAUUGCCCAUUAUCUUUGUUGUUGAGAACAAUCUGUGGGCAAUUGGGAUGUCCCACUUGAGAUCUACUUCUGAUCCUGAAAUUUGGAAGAAAGGUCCUGCCUUUGGGAUGCCUGGGGUUCAUGUUGAUGGAAUGGAUGUGUUGAAGGUGAGGGAGGUAGCACAAGAGGCUGUUGGCAGAGCUAGGAGAGGGGAAGGUCCCACUUUGGUUGAAUGUGAGACUUACCGGUUCAGAGGACACUCUUUGGCUGAUCCAGAUGAGCUUCGUGACCCUGCUGAGAAGAAUCACUAUGCCACAAGAGAUCCUAUCACUGCCUUGAAGAAGUAUAUGUUUGAGAACAACCUGGUCAAUGAAGCAGAGUUAAAGGCCAUAGAUAAAAAGAUCGAUGAAUUGGUUGAAGAGUCUGUGGAGUUCGCAGAUGCAAGCCCUGUUCCAGCUCGUAACCAGUUGCUAGAGAAUGUGUUUGCUGAUCCUAGGGGCUUCGGAAUUGGGCCUGAUGGAAGGUACAGAUGUGAGGAUCCUAAGUUCACUGAAGGCACAGCUCAGGUCUAGUUCUCAAGGCUGUGCUGUGUGGACCAAGAAGCAGGUUUUCAUUUGGUAAUUAUUGAUAUUGAUAGCUCUUCUACACAUGUAUCGAUG